AAAAAACUGAAAACAUGGGAAAAGGCAGAAAUCAAGAUAAAUACAAUGGAAUCAACAUUUCACAAGCCUCAUGCCAAAAUGAAAACAAAUGCAAUAAACUGGACAAAAAAAUCAAAAAUUGGUUCAUUUGACAAAAUAGCCCAUGUACCAGGCGGGGGAAACGUCACAAUACCAACAAAUCCUUUAAAGUGGCGUCAACAAUCUAAAGUUGGAUCAUUCGACAAUAUUCAUCAUAAACCUAAAGGAGGUGAUGUCAUUAUUGAAACUAACCCUUUAAAAUGGAACAAAACAUCAAAAGUUGGAUCACUUGAUAACAAACAACAGAAAGCACUUAAGGAGCAAAUAAAACCAGACAAUGUUGAAAGUAUCUCCAACCCAGUUGAGGAAGAGAGACCUAAACCUGAAUCAUUGAAUACAUCAAGCUAUGAAGAUCCCAGCGGCUAUAGUGCAAUAUUCCAUGAGGCUAAACGUCACAGACACGUCAAACGUAAUCACAAGAAAUUAUCACUGGAGAGAUGGAAACCUUUGCCAGCUAUUGCAUCCAAACCAAAAGUAGAUAGUAACAAUACAGAUGAAAACAAUGGUAAUAAAACAAUUAAUUUUAAAUUUGAAAGGGAGAUGGAAAAACAAAAACGUAUCGAUGUUAGUGGAAUAGUUCUAAAGGAUCUUCACUCUGAUACAAACAAUCUUCACACUGAUGCAAAUGAUCUUCAAAAUGACAUAAAUGAUCUUCAAAAUGAUACAAAUGAUCUUCAUGAUAAUACAAAAGAUCUUCAAAAUGACAUAAAAGAUCUGCAUAAUGAUACAAAUGAUAUUCAAAAUGAUACAAAAGAUCUUCAAAAUG